GCAUUCGCGUGCGUUUACAUCUCCGCUCUCUUGUCUGAGGAAGGACUCAGGCGGAAGAGAGAGAAAGGAGAGAUCGAGAGAGAGAGAGAGAGUAAAGCUUGAAGCGACCGAUCGAUCGAUCUGUGUGAGAGAGAAGAAGAUGUCGAGGUCGAGGGGGUUUCUUUGUAGUUUUUCGGGGUCUUCGAUUGAUCUAUUUGGGGAGCAGCGGAGGCGGCUGCGUGAUGAGGUGGAGGCGGCGAUAGAGCCGGAGAGAGGGGAGGAUGCUGCCUCCGAUGCGGGGAUGGAGGAAAACCGGUGGUCGAGGAUGCUUCCGGAGCUUAUGGCGGAUAUAAUAGGGAGGGUGGAGUCGAGCGAGGACCGGUGGCCUCUGCGGAAGAACGUAGUUUCCUGCGCUUGUGUGUGCCGGAGGUGGAGGGAGAUCACUACCGGAAUGGUCGGAUCUACUCGGGAAACUGGAAAGAUCACCUUUCCUUCCUCUCUUAAGCAGCCGGGGCCGAGUGAAUUGCCUAUCCAGUGCUUUAUUAAGAGGAACAAGAAGAACUCGACGUUCUAUCUCUAUCUUAGUCUCACCCAGACUUUUAUGGACAAAGGGAAGUUUCUAUUGGCAGCACGGAGGGUCAGACGUGGGUAUCAUACUGAAUAUACCAUCUCCCUUGAUGCUGAUGAUCUCUCUCAGGGAAGCAAGGCCUACAUGGGAAAGUUGAGAUCAAAUUUCCUGGGCACAAAGUUCAUGCUAUAUGACAGCAGACCACCAUACGACGGUGCGAAGCCUUCAAACAGCCGAGCAAGCCGUCGACUGGCUAGCAAGAGAAUCAGCCCCCAGGUUGGGACUGGAAACUUUGAGAUCGGCCAGGUUACAUACAAAUUCAACCUUCUCAAAUCAAGAGGACCAAGAAGGAUGCUAUGCACACUACAUUGUCCAGCAGGAGGAAAACCAGCAGCAGCAGCAGCAGAAGGCCACCACAGCCCGACGAAGACCGCCAUGGGCGGAACGGCGAGCUCCAUUGUUCUCAAGAACAAAUCUCCGAGGUGGCAUGAACAUCUCCAAUGUUGGUGUUUAAAUUUCCACGGCCGUGUGACCGUUGCAUCGGUGAAGAAUUUCCAGCUAGUUGCAGCUGCAGAUCCAAACCAGGCUGGAGGAGGAGCCUUGGAGGAAGACACAGUGCUUCUCCAGUUUGGAAAGGUUGGGGAUGACUUAUUCACCAUGGAUUACAGAGAACCACUCUCUGCAUUCCAGGCUUUUGCCAUCUGCCUUUCAAGCUUUGGAACUAAGUUAGCUUGCGAAUAACCUGAUACACUUGAUUCUUGUUCUGUAUUACUUUCUGGUAGCUAUUAAAACAAGAAGGGCCUUUUGGGUUCUUCUGAUUCCCAGCUUUUCUCCAGCUUGCUUAGUUCUCAAACUGAGUUCAGUUGCCAUCUUCACUGCACUUCCUGAGAUCAUGCUAAGCCUUAUGUAUCUAACUUGAUCUUCUACUAUUGGCUCUCAUAUUUUCCAAUGUGUUUAAGCAUUUUUAAUGGCCGAUUGAACACUGGUAGAAUCUCAGGUAGUCAUUAAGGUGUGGCUCUUCUUAAAUUAUCAUGUAAUGAUGUGUAUUAUAGAAAUUUUAUCCUUUUCAAAUUUGAUGUAGUUCUAUUA